CCGCUUCGCUCUGAGCAACUUAUUUAAAACAAGCUUGCUCUCCCGUCCGAACACCCCAUCCCUGGGCUGCUAGAGCACGAAGCUGGGUCCCGGGAAGAAGCUUGAUCCAACGCUAGAAACAUCACUAGAAGCAUCAUCGUCGUUAAAUUCUCUUCACAACACACCCUCACCUCCCUGUCCCUGUCGCCAUGGGAUCCGGCUGCUGCGGAGGCGGCGGAGGCUGCCAGGACAAGCCGGCCGAGCCACGUUGCGACGGGCCCGCAACCGCCUCGGACGACCACGCUCGCGCUAGUCGCGAGCUGGACGGCGAUGAGCCCGGCCCCGAGCACAAGGGCGCAGCUGACAGCUGCUGUGACACUUCGGCCGACAAGUGCUGCAGCACUCCCGGCGACGACUGUUGCGACACGCCCGGCGACGACUGCUGCGACGACGAGACCUGCUACGAGGCCGACAGCGCCUCGACCGCGCCCUCCACCAAGACUCUUGAGUGCUGCAACACCAACGAGGAGCACUGCGACGUGAAGUGCAUUUAUGCCGCCGCCACGGCUGAGUGCGAGAAGACCUGUGAUGACGAUGCGGCUCAUGAUGCUGCAACCGGACACGAGCACGCCCACGACCAGAACGGUCACCACGGCUCUGCGUGUAACUCGCACGUUGCCAAGGCCUUUGAGCAGUACAGCGCCUAUCUGGAAACGGCCCGCUGCAUCUGCCGUAGCAUCCUCGAGCGUGGCCUGCCGUCGGCCGCGUGCUGCGGCGAGCAGCAGCAACAACAACAGCGACAGCAGCGCCAGUCGGCACCGCAAAAGUACCAAGCCAAGCGCUCGGCUACGAGCAUCACGGCCAUCAAAGCCAAGAACGGACACGGCCUGGAUGUCGCCGAAGCCGAGACUACCGCUCACGGACUGCGCAAAAAGGCUGCCCAUCACCACCACGGCAUGAAGCGCCGCCACAAGGCCAAGCAGCACCAUCACGUCCACGCUCACGACCACGGCAACAUGGCGAUUGGGGUGGUCAAGGAGGACAACGAGUCCGAUUGCUGCGGUGAUAGUCACGACCAUGGUGACCACGACCAUGGUGACCAUGGUGAUGGUCACCACCGGGCCGAGCCCAUGUUUGCCAACAUCCGCAAGACCACCGCAGCCCCUGUCGACGAGCAGGACAUCGAGAAUGAUGCGGGAGCGCUUGAAUACAUCGCCCUCACCGUCGACGGUAUGACCUGCUCUGGCUGCGGGAACAAACUCGAGCGCACCCUGAAGGCCGCAUCCCCAGGAGUCAGCGGCGUGCGCGUCAACUUCGUCAUGGGCAGUGCCGAGUUCACCCUCGACUCCUCCCACGGCGACAAGGCCGAGGACGUGAUACGCAUCGCCGAGCGCGCCACCGGCUUCAGGUGCGCCCGCAUGUCUGACGGAGACCAGACCCUGGACCUCCUGGUGGCGUCGAACCGGGCUGCUGCCGCCCUCUGCGACUUGGAGGUCCACGGAGUGACCCAGGUCGCGCCCCUGGACAAGAAGCGCGUCCGCGUCACCUACGAACCCGCCGUCAUCGGGCCUCGCACGCUGCUGGAGCGCAUCGGCGACCUCUCGGCCGGGCUGGCCCCGCCCAGCGACGAUCCGUCCGUCUCGAGCGGCCGCAAGCGGCUGUGGGACCAGCUCAUCAAGACCAUUGUGGCGGCCGUCUUGACACUCCCCGUCCUGGUUCUUGCCUGGGGCAAGGAGAGCGUACACGUCGACCCCAUCACGAGCGCGUCUGUCUCCAUUGCUCUGGCCACGCUGGUCCAGCUCGUGGCAGUUCCCGACUUCUACCACCCCGCCAUCUCGGCCCUGAUCCACUCCGGGUCCGUCGAGAUGGACAUGCUCGUCGUCAUCAGCAUCACGGCCGCCUACGUCUACUCGCUCGUAGCCUUUGGGCACCGCGUGGCGGGGACCCCGCUCGAGACCCAGGAAUUCUUCGAGACCAGCACCCUGCUCAUCACGCUGGUGCUUUUCGGCCGCCUGGUCGCCGCCUUUGCGCGCAUGCGCGCCGUCGCCGCCGUCUCCCUCCGCUCCCUCCAGGCCGCCACGGCCCUGCUCGUCGUCGACGCGCCCGAGAAGGGCCAGCAGCCGAGCGAGGUCGAGAUCGACGCCCGCCUCCUGCAGUACGGCGACCGCUUCAAGGUCCUGCCGCACUCAGCCGUGCCCACCGACGGCAUCGUCGUGAGCGGCGCGAGCGAGGUGGACGAGUCCAUGCUGACGGGCGAGGCCGUCCCCGUCGCAAAGGCCAAGCACGACACGGUCGUGGCCGGCACCGUCAACGGGUCGGGCGCCCUCGUGGUGCAGCUCACCAGGCCGCCCGGCAAGAACACCGUGACCGACAUCGCCCGCCUCGUCGAGGACGCGGCCAACUCCAAGCCCAAGAUCCAGGACGUCGCCGACCGCGUGGCCGGCUGGUUCGUGCCCGUCGUCACCUCGGUCGCCAUUGUCGUCACCGUCGUCUGGGUCCUGGUCGGCCUCAAGGUGCGCUCGUUCCCCGCCGGCCGCGCCGUCGCCGACGCCGUCACCUACGCCGUCGCCGUGCUCGCCGUGUCGUGCCCCUGCGCCCUCGGCCUGGCCGUGCCCAUGGUCCUCGUCGUCGCGGGCGGCAUCGCGGCCCGCGGCGGCGUCAUCAUCAAGUCGGCCGAGUGCACCGAGAUGGCGCGCAAGGUGACCGACGUCGUCUUUGACAAGACGGGCACCAUCACCGAAGCCGAGCUCGACGUUCUCGAGACCGAGUACCCGCAAGCGCCGACCAUUACUGAGGCUGAGGCGGCCGGCAUCGCCCGCGCCCUUGCCGCCGGCAACAAGCACCCCGUCUCGGUCGCCGUCGCCAAACACCUCGAACAGCACACAGCCUCCCCCGUCGACGACGUCCACGUGGUGCCCGGGUCCGGCAUCGAAGCCAAGCACAACGGCCUCGCGCUCCGCGCAGGGAACUCCGAGUGGACUGGUACCGCGUCCGACCCGACCGUGACGCGCCUCCAGCAGCAGGGCAUGAGCAUCUUCGCCGUGGCCCUCGACGGGAAAGCCAUCGCCGUCUACGGCCUCCGAACCCGCCUCCGGCCCGACGCCGUCUCCGUGGUGGCCGGGCUCCAGCGCCGCGGCAUCACCGUCCACCUCGUGUCGGGCGACCAGAGCCGCGCCGUCGCGUCGGUCGCCGCCCAGGUCGGCAUCCACGCCUCCAACGUGGCCAGCCAGAACACGCCGGCCCAGAAGCGCGAGUACGUGGCCGACCUCAUGGCCGCGGCCCCGCCGUCGUCGCGCAAGCACAAGAAGCGUGUCGUCAUGUUCGUGGGCGACGGCACCAACGACGCCGUGGCCGUGGCGCAGGCCGACGUGGGCGUGCAGCUCGCCGCCGCCGCCGCGGGCAGUUCGGGCGCCUCGGCCGCCGCCGCCGCGGGAAGCGAGAUCGUGAGCGUCCUGCCCGUCAUCGUCGCCGCCGCCACCAUGUUCGCCGCCGGCAAGGGCCGCGCUGCCGAGCGCGGGCUCUGA